GCUGAUCCGUUUUAUGAGUCCGGUCCAACUAAAACCCUAGCUCCACAUAUUGGGCAACACCUUUAUAGAAUUGCUGUUGCAGUGUUGUUGCCCUCUCUUCCCACCGUUGCAGAUUCAGAGCUUCCACUGUACUCCUCUCUUUUUUUCUUCCCCUCCUAUAUACGUUUAUAGUUGAUCGAAACUGAUUUAAAGCCUUUGUGUGCUGUGGAUUGUAUACAGGCAGAGAUGAAAGUGGUUGCUGCAUAUUUGCUGGCCGUGUUGGGAGGCAACACCUCCCCCUCCGCUGAGCAUAUCAAAGAUAUCCUCAGCAUUGUUGGAGCUGAAGUUGAUGAUGAUAGGAUUGAAUUUCUUCUUUCGGAAGUCAAGGGAAAGGAUAUAACAGAACUUAUUGCUGCUGGCCGGGAGCAAUUGGCAUCAGUGCCUUCCGGUGGUGGUGUUGCUGUUGCAGCUGUUGCACCUGGUGGUGGUGGGGCUGCUGCUGCCGCUGCUUCUGCUGCAGCUGAGGCAAAGAAGGAAGAAAAGGUGGAGGAGAAAGAGGAAUCAGAUGAGGACAUGGGCUUCAGUCUAUUCGACUAGAUUUGACUUAUGGUUACAUCGCCAUACAUCUGAUUUGGCGCCUUUUUAAAUGGGCAUUUUGUUUUUAUGUUUUUUUUGGCUUUCAGAUUAAUGUAGCACUUGAAUGAUGUUUUGAUAGAUUUGAUUUUUGACCAACUUUCUAUAUUGAAGUGAUUUUUCUGAUUUAA